AUGAACGGAACUGAAGCGACGCCCAGUAUUCGCACUCUAGCUGCUCUGCUAAUUCUAGUGCCGGCCUUGUGCGGUCUAUUAUUGCAACUUCUACUUGGCAUUGCCCUUUAUUCAGGAUGGAAAACAUUUCGAGGGAACACCUUCUAUUUGAUUACAGUACAGAUCAUGUGCUGUGAUGUAUACGCACUCGCUCUGGACCUUUACGCUGCAUUUCCAUUAACUCUUACUGGAAUUCAGUACAUGGGUGACAGUGUGACGCUUUACUAUUUACCCUUGGCAUUCGAAGGAAUAGCAUUCAACGGCAUAUUCAUGCUUUCGUUUCUUCUCACAAGCAAUCGAUUCCUGUUAUUCAUAUUUCCCAGAGUACAUCGACUGGUAUUCACGGCAACUGGCACAAAAAUGCAACUUUCUGGCAUCUGCUGCCAUCGCAUGCUGAUCACAGUCCAGUACUUUGCUUUGUUUAGACUUUCGCUAAUGGUAUGGGCUUACGUCUUCACCCUCAUUACUGUGUCAAAUGUAGCCGGAUGUCGCAAGGAGUUUUCAAAAGAAUAUUUUUACUUUUGGUACAACUGCAGCUAUGGAUCAAAGGCUUAUCAUUAUAAAAACUUUGUCUACAUAAGUUCUUGCGUGAUAACCUCCUUGAUGACUUUGAUGUACGUGAUUAUCUAUAUUAAACUGAAAGUGGGCAAACAAGGUUUGGCAGUGAGUUUUCACGGCUCUGUCAAGCAAGAAGUCAAAUAUUUGGUCCAGGUGGAGAUCUGA